AUGGCUGAAGGAAGCACCAGUACGAUUGCAACUCCAGAAAAAGUUGAAUUUCACGGGAGAAACAUGGGCAAAAUCUCUUCAGGAAAAUCAAGUUUUCCAAAUAAUGGAGGCAAUGUUUAUUCCCAACACCGUAGAGCAUCCCUAGGAGCGUACUAUGCUAGAGAAAGUAUGAGAAGAAAUUCUAUAGAGAAACUAGAUUCUGCAAACAAUUGUCAAAAAUCGGUUCCCCAUUAUCUCAGAGCAUCCACAGGUUCUUGCCAUGAUUUCUGUAAAUAUGGCAGGAAACCUGCAUUUGAAGCAAAGGAAAGGCGUAGUAUACCAAAGAGAACAACCAAACCUCCGUCCAGUGAGCAAAAUUCUGUAGAGAAAACUGUUUCAGGGGAGCAAAAGAAGAAAAUAAUUGUCAAUCACAAGUCUCCUUCAGGUACCAAAUCCCGUUUGCCAGAGCAUAAGCCCAAGCCAUCCUUGUCUACCAAAAUGUACUCCGCAGAGAAAAAGGCAUCACCUGGUUAUAAUAUCCAUAUGCGAAGGCACACGCCUUCACCAUAUACCCCUGAAAUUAUCAAGCGGGAAAUCAUGUUUCCAUCUAAAAAUGUUGAAGUCCCACCAAAACAAGAUUCCUCAAUUGAUGAUAAGGUCCUGGAGAGUGAGAAGAAGACAGAGAAUGCGUUCAACAAGCAUUCUCCAUCAGCGAAGUUGAAAUCUGUAACGGUAAGAGUAUUAUCUUCCCCUAACACUUCAGAUGGUAUUCAUGGAAAAGGAAGAAGAAAUAAUGAUAUUAAAACUAGCGGAAAGAUGUUGGCUUCCAUAGCAUCUGUAAAGAAAGAUUUGGCUCCUCUGCCUGCUUCUGCGGCCCCCAAAAUCUCCCUCCGUAGAACACCAUCCUUGAAAUCGAGAAAAAUCAUAAGGUCAAAAGUUAUGUCUCCUUUAAAGGAUCGAAAUAUAAUACACAAGGCUCAGAUUGAGGGCUUAAGCGACGAGAAGAUUCCCGAGAAAACCUUGCAUGUUAUCAGGACAGAUCGUCCUGUCAUUCAAUCACGUUCAUCUCCAUCAACAAUUGUGUCUUCGUCGGUUGCAAAAUCACCAUCGUUAUUGUGUCAUGAGGAGGAAGAGGCUGAUUAUGAUGAAACUGAAGUAGAUGAAUUGAUCUCUGACUGCAAUGACACUGCAGAAGUUGGCAAAGUGAAAUUGGUGAAAGAGAAACACAUUAAGGUUCUGAGGAAGAGUACAGAGGUUGGUUCUGAAGAUAGAGACAGCACUCCUAUGAAAUUAAAUUUCAGGAGGGGGAAGGUAGUGGACCUUAAAUCUGAUAAUAACAAUCCUAGGAGACUCAGAUUUAGAAAGGGAAGAGUUUUGGCAGAAGACCAAGACGGCAAGGGUGAUUUUAGAAGGAAAACUUUUAAAAAUGGCAUGGUCAAUGAUGAUAAAAAUGAUGCAGAUCCUUCUUCCAAAAAGAUCGCUUUAAAGCAUCAAGACGUGCAGGGGAAGAGAGAUUUACAAGUUUCUUCAGAGAUUUCUCUUCCCCUAGGGAUGAGCUUUCUUGGCUUCACUCUAGAGUCCAGGGGGACGUCUAGGACUGAUACAUAUGCUUCUCCUCUAGAUCCUGAAGAUGAGCAUCUUGGGUCAGGUGGUGGGAUGUCCUCAGCAAAAAUGAGAGAUGAAUCAGAAAACUAA